AUGACUACACAAUUCCGACCCUCUGCUCCAUGUAACUCAGACCUUGUGACUGGUCCUUUCGGAGUAGAAGACUACGCCCUCACGGCACCAUUGCCUUACCACUCUGACUCACGAUGCCAUCCAAAGUAUGCCAGACUGUCUUCUCCGUACGCCCAUGGUUUUAUGGGUUCCUACCUGCAGGUCAGACUGAGAAAACCAUCGAUGAUAACUGGAUUUGUGAUCCAGGGAAGAUCUGGAUUAGGUCUAUACGUUAAAACUUACAGUGUUCAAUACAGCGACACUGGUACCAAGUGGAGGGAGGUCAAGGACAUCAACGGCAACGUUAAAGUAUUUACCGGCAACAAGGACCAAUGGGGCCUUUCGAAAUCAAUCCUUGAUUCCCCAAUCAUUGCUUAUUUUAUCCGUGUGAUCCCAAUGACUUGGUCAACCUAUGCAGCAUUUCGAUUUGAAAUUAUUGGGUGUCCAAUUCUGCAUCAAGGAAACCAGACAUGCUGGAAGGUAAACAACGUGACAGGAAUCCCAACUUUCGACAUCUUUAGUACAACAAAGACCAACCUAGGCGAGUGUGGUAAGGAAUGUCACGGACGAGACAAGUGCCACGGUUUCACCUUCAACCACGAUUCUGGUCUAUGUCAAGGUCACAGCCACACCAACUACCUGAAUGUUACCAUACAUCAAGUAGCAGGAGCUUGGGGAAGUGACUAUUCACUUCUGUUUGUGAAACAGGAAGCGUGCCCGUGAGGUUCUCUUCUUUCUCAAGAAUAUAUGUUUUAUUUUCUGAAUUAUUUCUUCAACUGCCCGACUACUUACUUAAAGUUUCGUCUCUAUGUGUCGAACUGAACUCUGUAUAAUUAGAUAUUGCUGCUUUUUGCAUGAAAUUGAAAUAAGGAGUUAUCAUUAUUACAUUCUUACGGCUCAUCAAAACUGAAAACGUCAUUUGGUUGGACCAACAAAUUGUUAGCAAAAGUGGUUAUGAAACGAAACAACUCCAUCAAACGAAAUACGUAAAACAUUUAUUUGAUAUAGCUAAAAUAAUCAUUAUUGCUAUGUUAAAUCUAAAUCUUGUGUUACAAACAGUUUUAAGAUACUGUAUCAUAUAAAAACGUUCAUUGUGCCUAAAUUUUCGUCGAUUUCGUUGUUUUUAUGGAACCACGAAUCCAAAUAUAACGAAUAUUGUUAUAUGCAUCAAUGUUCGAUAUUGCUGCAUGUCACGAAAGUUUGUAACCACGAAAUAAUUUUAAAGCACCAAACCGCGAAUGAAAAUAACACAAGCAUUUCAUAAUUUACGGUAAUUCAAGAACCUGUAUGUUAACAGUUUCGAAAAGAAGCUUUAUACACUCUAAUACGCUGCUAUUAAAACUAUGUCUGGUGAGGUUUGAGAUAAUUGUACACAAUAAGGUAAGGAUCGUCUUGCAGCUAGGAUAAUAACAGUUCUUCGUUCCAGGGAUUACAUUAUAAAGUUGUUUCAUGCCUUGUUAGGCCACAA